AUGUGGAUACACAUACAAAAUGUCUCUAAUGCUGAUGCUCUAAGAAAAAAUAGAACGAGGAGUUCGACGACAACGACACCGACACCGAAAUUGGUAUCUUCUUCCGCUGGUUCGAAGAUUACUUGGACUAAGAACGACGAGCUCCUCAUUCUCAGGGGUAUUGUGGACUAUGAAGAUGUAACGAAAUUGAGCUACAGAUCUGAUUGGGAUGGGUUUUACAGCUAUAUCAAAGGUUCUAUUGUAUCAGACUUCUCAAAGGUGCAGCUAAGGAGCAAGACCAGAAAGUUGAAGAAGAGAUCUACAGAUAACCUUGCUAAAUCCGACGAUGGGAAAGGACCGACCUUUACUAAUAUUGAUGACGAUGAAAUCUUCAAACUGUCAAUGAUCAUAUGGAGAAAGAAUAAUGAAACAGAAUGUGAUCCUAAUGUGAAUAUGGACCAAGCAAAGCAAGAUGAGCAGAUUAAUGAGAAUGUGGAGCAAGCAAAGGAUUUGACUCAUGUGGAGCAUGAGCAGAUUAAUGAGAAUGUGGAGAAACCAGAGGAUGUGCCUUAUGUGGAGCAUGAGCGAGCGAGUAACAUUAUUACAAAGAUUGAUAAUGGGGAGAAAGAGAAGAAGACCAUUGAUAAUGGUGAGAAAGAGAAGAGUGAGAUAGCUGGUGUGGAUGAGUUUUGUGUUCUGCAGGACGCACUCGAGGCGACAUUGUUAUUAUUUCCAAGUACAUGUAGAAAUCACCAGAAGUUCUUACUUCAGAAUCUAAGGAACCUUGAAGCCGGGAAAGGAAAAGAGCUAAGUGAUGAAUGGAAAGCAUUGCUUGGUGAGGAGAUGAAAUUGAAUAUCAAGAAAAUGAAUUUCUCCGCAAAGCUUGCAGAUGUAGGAGGUUCUGAUUAA